CUGACCAGCUAGUGGUGGAUUUUCAAAGCGACCAUGUGUGGAGGUAGUCUGGUUCUACGGGACCAUAAAUCACCCCCCGGACUCCGACUCGGAGCCGUCGCCCUGAGUCUAAUGAGGCCGCUUCCCCUUACCGUCCCUCCCGUCCUCCGCGGCCCAGUUAUCCUCGUCGUCGCCAGAACGCUCACCCACUGCCCAACCCCCGACGACGAGCGCGACGAGGGCUUCGUCAGAAUCCUCCGCGAGAUCCUCCACUCGAAGCAGAGCUGGCUCGUCUCCCUCAACGCCCCCUUCGUCGCCAACCGCCUGCGGCCCCGCCACGUGGAGGCGCUCCUCCUCCAAUCCCUCGACCACCCGCGCCUCGCCCUCCGCUUCUUCAACUUCCUCGGCCUCCACCGCGGCUUCCCCCACUCCCCCCUCUCCUUCUCCAUCCUCUCCCUCGCCCUCCUCCGCGCCGGCCUCCACUGGCCCGCCUCUUCCCUCCUCCAAACCCUUGCCUCCUGCCGCGCCACCGCCCCCGCCGACGCCUUCCGAUCCAUGCUCCACUCCCAAGACCUCUGUCGCUUCUCCUCAGCCCUCGGCUUCGACUUCUUGAUUCAGGCUUAUCUUCAAUGCCGGAGGGAAUUGGAUGCUCUCGCCAUCCUCGAGCUCACGAUUGGCUCCGGUUUGCUGCCCGAGGUGAGAACAUUCAGCGAUGUGAUGUAUGGACUGGCGAAGAUCCGGCGGUUUGAUCUGGUAUCGGGAGUGUUCGACGAGGUAUUGAGAUCCGGGGUUCGUCCCGAUAACUUCAUCUACACCGCGGCGGUGAGGAGCUACUGUGAAUUGAGGUAUUUGGACAGAGCGAAAGAAAUAGUUCGUCGGAUGGAGAUGGAGGGGCUGAAUUCCAGCGUCGAUACUUACAAUGUGCUGAUCCAUGGGCUAUGCAAGAACUGGCGAGUUAUAGAGGCCGUGGAGAUUAAGAAUUCAUUGGGAGAUAAAGGGUUGAAGGCGGACGUCAUGACCUACCGCGCGCUGGUGCUUGGCCUUUGCAAGGCAGAGGAGUUCGGCAUGGCCCUGGAGAUGACAAAGGAGAUGAUGGGUAUCGGGUUCGUUCUGAAUGAAGCUGUUUGCUCGAUUCUGGUUGAUGGAUUGAGGAGGACAGGGAAGGUAGAAGAGGCUUUUGAUUUGGUUCAUGGGUUAGCGAAUUUGGGAAUGAUCCCUAAUGUGUUUGCCUACAAUGCUCUGAUCAAUUCUCUGUGUAAAAGUGGGAAGUUUGAUGAGGCCGAGUCUCUAUUUUUGAAGAUGGGAGAGAAGGACCUGUCACCAAAUGAUGUUACCUACUCGAUAUUGAUCGAUUCAUUGUGCAAGAGAGGGAAACUGGAGGAUGCCCUCCUUCUGUUUGAUAAAAUGAGAGAGGAGGGUUUACGGGUUACAGUUUACCCAUAUAAUGCUUUGAUAAAUGGGCACUGCAAGUUGGGAAAUUCGAGUAAAGCAGAGGUUCUAUAUCGGGAGAUGACUGAUAAAGGGGUGGCACCAAAUGCAGUGACCUUUACUGCAUUAAUUAAUGGGUAUUGCAAGGAAGGGAGUUUGGAUGCUGCUUUAAAGCUCCACCACCAGAUGCCCAAAAAGGGGGUGCCAUGGAAUACCCAUACCUUUACUGCACUUAUUGGUGGGUUUUGUCGGGCUAAGAUGAUGACAGAAGCAGCUCGACUGUUUAACGAAAUGUUUGAAGUAAAUGUAACUCCAAAUGAGGUGACUUAUAAUGUCAUGAUAGAAGGGUAUUGCUCAGUAGGAGAUACAGGAAGAGCUUUCCAGUUUUACGAUGCAAUGAUGGAAGAGGGUCUUCAGCCAGAUAGUUAUACCUAUAGGUCUUUAAUAAGUGGCUUGUGUAUGACCAAUAAGGUGUCCAAAGCAAAGGAGUUCAUAGAUGAUCUACAUGGGGAGCAGCUUGUUCUAAACCAGAUGAGCUUCAGUUCGCUUCUAAAUGGACUCUGCAAAGAAGGAAGAGUGCAUGAAGCUUACUGUAUUUGGAAGGAAAUGGUGGAGAGAGGACUUGAAAUGGAUCUUGUCUGCUAUAGUGUGCUUGUCUAUGGAAUGCUAAAACAGAACAACCAAGUAAGAGCAUACUCGCUAUUGAGGGAGAUGGUUGAUAAGGGAAUCAAACCAGAUGAUGUUUUGUAUACAAAUAUAAUUGAUGCAUAUAUCAGACUAGGAAAUAUAACAGAAGCUUUACGUUUUUGGGGUAGGAUGUCUGGUGAGGGCUGCGUCCCGAAUGUUGUAACAUAUACUGUGCUAAUAGAUGGCUUGUGUAAGGCAGGGUUUUUCAGAAAAGCAGAGCUGCUUUGUAGAGAGAUGCUGGUUAGCAGUUUCCUUCCUAACCGAGUUACCUAUGGCUGUUUCCUUGACCACUUUGCCAGGGAAGGAAAUAUGGAUGAAGCUAUGGUACUGCAUAAGGUGAUGGUCAAAGGGCUCCUGGCAAACACAGUCACAUAUAAUAUAUUGAUAAGGGGUUUUUGCAAAAUAGGAAGAACUCAGGAUGCUAUUAGUCUUCUUGCUGACAUGGUUGACAAUGGAAUAUUUCCUGACUGCAUUAGCUAUUCAACACUUAUUGAUGCAUACUGUAGAAAAGGGGAUUUACACGAAGCUUUUAAGCUGUGGGAUGAUAUGCUGAAUCGGGGGCUGAAGCCUGAUGCACUGGCAUACAAUUUUUUGAUACAUGGUUGUAUUUUAAGUGGUGAAGUGACUAAGGCUCUUGGACUGUAUUAUGAUAUGCUACGAAACACUGUAAAGCCAAACUGGGCCACCUAUCAUGCUCUUUUUCAUGGAACAUUUUCGAUGGGUGUUACAAGAGAGAGUGCUUUGCUUAUAGAAUAAUGGUCAAAGAAUAACACCUGUAAGUUCAAACUCUGACAAUUAAUACACUCCAGAUGGCUUUCAGAAUGGCUAUUUAAAUGUGAGCAUAUGGGACAGCAAACUGCCUCAAGGAUGUUGAACUUAUUUAACAGGAAUUUCAGGUCGUAAUGCUUGUUGCACUGCAUGGCUUGAGUGGUAAAUGUUGUUCUGCCAUUAAACACUCAUUAGUCCAAAAAUAAUUGGCAAAUCCAAAUUCUAGAGUGGAUUAAUGAUUCUUUUGUAAGUUAGCAUUGCUGGUGAUAAUGUUGCUGUGUUGACAUGAAGGCUAUCUGCAGACAUUAUUUUGCAUGGCUGUGGCCUCUUUCAUUGGUUCAAGGAGGACCAGUGCUGAAAUUGGAAAUGCUAGUUCAUGCUUCAUCAUACAAGUUGGAAGAUGGUAAGGCACAUUUCAUGGAAGUUGCCACUUGAGAAGGGAAUCUAUUAAGAUAUCAUUCUGUAUCCAGCCAUUUCACCUCAUUUUCCAGGGGAUUUGACUGCUCAUGUUAGGUCCAACAUCAUUUGCUCAUUUCGCCUGCAAACAAUGUGAAAAUGGAAAUUUGCUGAGCCUAGCUCUCUCUGGUGAAAUAAUUAACUCUUAGUGUGUAGGUUACCGGUGGAAGAUCAUUGGUUCAUGGUAACACUGACAAGACAGUUAAUCCAGGCUUUUUCACUGGAUUUUUGUCUUAUAUUGGCAAUUCCCAGCUUUGUUUUAGGCCAUGGUCUGAUCUACACUCUUCUGUAUUGCCAAACUCCUUCAGAACCUUGGAGGUAAAUGGGAAGGGACCGGACAAACCUGCUCUCUUUGAUUUCAUGUAACUGGAGUUACAGAAUGAUGCAUGAGCAGUGAGUAUUCAAUCCUGGUUCCUGAUAGCGGCUGAUGUUUGGUCUGCAACGGGAACCAUUUACCUAGGUUGUUUAUUGAUUUUUAAGAAAGCAGCUCCUUGGGUAAUUGAUGUUUAUAAGAAGCUUGAGGGCUUUUUUGCAAAAUGUGCAAGAGACAAAAAUUAAUCAGUUGCCGGAUCGUGCUUAAUUUUUUUUGUGCAUUGGAUUGCAAGAGGUGCCAAUCAAGGAUUGCUGUCUUCCUAUAAGCUUCGUAUAGUGUGGCAUGUACAACGAGGUUGAAAUCAAAAAUUUGAUUUACUGAUUAAGGUAU